AUGCUUUUCCCACCGUUUCUCAACUUGCCAAUCCCUGGCUUUUCCUUCCUUUUCCUGCUCCUUCUUUCCUUUGUUCUCUCCUCGCUUCGCCCUUGUACCCAGAUACCGGUACCGGUACCCAAGUGGGGUAAACACAGCCGAUCCCACCUACCUACCAACCAACCUACCUCCAUGCCCAGCGACCAAGCGUCCUGCCAAACCAGCGCGUGCUACUAA